AUCAAAUUUUCUGUAUUUAAUUAUAAGAUUAAGAUUAACAAGUAGCUAAAGCAAUGGCAGCAUUCGCUUUGAUCUUUGUCUUGUUCAUUUUCUUUUCAUCUGCUAAUUCGGCUUGUGAUAGUUGCUUGCACCAAUCGAAGGCCACUUAUACCUCUCAAAUCUACUCUGGAGGAUGUGGUUAUGGACCUUUAGCCUGGAAUUUCAAUGACGGACUACUUGCUUCUGGCCUUCCUUCCCUUUUCAAAGGAGGUGCUGGUUGUGGUGCUUGCUUUAAGGUGAGGUGCAAGAAUAAUGCGCUAUGCAAAAAAGAAGGCACUCCAGUGAUGUUAACUGAACGUCAAGGUGAUAAUAGGACAGACUUUGUUCUUAACAAGGAUGCUUUCAUCGCCAUGGCUAACCACGGCAGGUCACAGGAUCUCUUGAACCUUGGCAUAGUCGAUAUUGAGUAUAAGAGGGUACCUUGUGUUAAAAAAAAUAGAAACCUAGCAGUACGAGUUCAAGAGUACAGUCAAAGGCCCAAUUAUCUUGCCAUAACAAUCUUAUACCAAGGUGGUCAAACACAGGUUGAUGCUAUUGAUAUAGCCACGGUGGGGCAACACGUUUGGAGAACAUUAAAGCAUAGCUAUGGGGCUGUAUGGGAAACAAAUCAUGUGCCAGAAGGCCCAUUGAGGUUUGGGUUUUUGGUGAAAUCAGGUGAUGAAGAUUUCAACUAUUAUAGGACUCAAGUAAUACUACCAUCUGAUUGGACACCUGGAGUUAUUUAUGAUACUGGAGUUCAAAUUACUGAUGUUGCUCAAGAGAAAUGCUACCCUUGUGAUGAAAGCACUUGGUAAUCUCCAAUGUUUUUGGAUGAAUAAAUGUGAUGUUGGUCCAUAGUAUAUGGAAGAAGAUUUGGGGUUUAUAAAUAAAUAAACAAGGGUUAUGGGCCUUUUAGCCCAAUAGGAAAUUUAUGUGAAGGUUAAGAGCUUAAGAUGUUUUCUAUUACUCGUAUCAUGUACCAAGGAAUAACUUAUAAAUCAAUAAAUGUGUUAAUUUCGAAGUGUACUUUGAUAAUUAAUUAGAGAUAGUCAACAUGGGCCAAUUCAACCUAGAUCAAACAUAGUGUAGUUUGGUUUCCGGUCCUUAAUAUGACUCGAGUAUUCGAAAUAGU